AUGCAAUUCUCUGUUGAAAAUGUCAAAUCUGUCUCAGGACAAAGAGGUUCUGAUAGUGUAGGCGAAAAGAAGAUUCAUCUUCGACCAAAUGUAUCAACUUGUGCUCAAAAAUCUGUGACUCUCUCUGUUUUUGAGGCUAGGGAAGGAGCUUGCGAGCUUGAGAAUACUACUUCUGGUGAAUUGCAUUUUCUUAUAUUGGGUCAUGUAUGCAGGUGGCUGUUAGAUGAAAUGAGUGAAAGCUUACCAAAGACUUACAUUCACAAAAUCUUUGCAUCAGAAUCUCAAAAAGAUUCUAAAUUGGCGUUUUUGUGGCCAAAGACAGUUGAUGGUACGCCUAAGCCACUACAAGGUUAUAAUGAGUUUGAUCUCCGGCAUCAACAUCAAGCCUUUCUCCAUCGAUUUUGGACUAUUUCGAAAAAUCAAUUUACUGAGCAAGGUGAGCUAGGUGGCGCACAGCCUGCCAUCAGUAAAAACACAAGCGGGAUAAUAAGUGCGGGACGGGCAAAGAGAUCUAUUGCUCAGCCUGAUGAUGUUAGAGAAAGAUUUAGACAAUUAAAAGAGCAAGAGAAGCGCAACAAGAAGAACAAGACGGUUGCGAAAGAUAUAGUUGAACCGCUAGAAUCUCAUGUCUGGAAUGAUAAGAAGGGGAAGAUAAUGAUGAGGUAA